GUAUAGCCCGGCGCUAAGCGUCACAUUGAAUAUUUUUUUAAGCAUAGUAUACCAUUUGAAUAAGCAGAAUUUUUAAAAUAAAAAAUACAUAUUACGUUAAAUUUAGUUUGUAUAUGAAGAACUUGUGUUAUUUAUAGAGUUUGUUGCUUUGGUUAAUAUUGCAGAAUCAUGGCCACUGCCAUCCGAAUGGACAGGGACGCACUUGUCAGAUUCAGUGCGUCGUACAUGUACUAUGUUGAGAAGCACAAGCUGUUGGACAUCAUGAGCCGCAUCCUGGCAGAGGCCACUGUGCAGCAGAUUGAGGAUGUGCGCCGUUGGCUGGGCGAGAACAUACGGCAUAUUGCCCAAGAGAUCUACUCGAAAGCCAUGAAUGCCUUUCAUCUGGGCAUCGAUGCCGACUACUAUCAGCUGCCCAAGAACUUCUAUCAUCGCAUCGUGCUGCACGGACGCGUCGGCUCGGGCCGUCGCUCGCUGGCCCAUGUGCUGGCCCAGCGCUGGAAUCUGCUGAUACUGGAUGCCGACACGCUGGCCUAUCAUCAUAUCAAUGGACAAGCGCGGGGCAGGAAGGUGCCGCUGCUGCACGAGGGCAUCGAGAAGCGCUCGGUCUAUAAGAUAUCGGAGGCCAUUGGCAACAUCAUACAGAAGCGUCUGCUGCAGGAGGACGCACUGCAUCGCGGCUGGAUACUGAUCAACUAUCCCAACAAUAGAUGUGAGGCUCGCGAGCUCUUCGAGUCCUUCAGCGUGCCGCCGAAUCGGCUCAUUUUCCUGCAGGUCGACGAGCAGACGGCACGCAUGCGCCUGCUGAUGCGCAAGUACGCGCCCUGCCCGCAGGACAACAUCACCUACAUGGACUACCAGAUGCAGCAGUUUCGCAAGAGCGAGCCCCUGCUCAACACCUAUCUCAGUCAUCGGCGCGAGGUGCUCUAUGUGGAUGCCACCGAGUGCUUCGAGACCGUCAAGUGCUUCAUCAUGUCACAGCUAACCAAGACGCCCUACAUGCUCGGCUACAAGUACGGCGAGAGUAGUCCAAUUGACUAAAUUGUCCCCGGCUCCAAUUACCAGCUCCACUUUCACAUAAAUUAUUGAAUCUGUAUGCGAGCCACAACAAUGUUGCCUCCACAUAAAAAAUAGAAGAGAACGGUAUUCCAUAA